GUUGACUGCUUCUGACACACUCGCCCUACUGGUUCCUUUCAACUGAGAAAUCUCACACUGAACAAUUGGACCACAGGAAGGGAAUUGGAAUAACCCUUUCAUUCUCUUCUGAACAAUUACCAUGAAACAAGCAAUGGAGGAUGGUGUCAGUGUGGUACUAUCCAGUGUGGUGAAGGAUGUUGACCAAGCUGUUAGCAGGAACAUUAAUGGUGCUCAGCUUUUGCAUGAACUACUGAGUGCACCGUGGCUUUGUGCCCUGCUGAAGAUUUAUGAGUGCCUGUUAAAGUUCCAGAGACUGACACCAAGCCCCGUUUUGCCUUAUGCUGCAGGACUCUCACAUGAGGCUCUCUUGUCAUCUCAUGACAGUGUUGCACAGUCAGACUAUGAGCCUGUCUUACCCCCUCUGCCUGAUGAAAUACCAGAGGAUGAGGAGGCAAUGAGGAUUGUGUGUCUUGUAAAGAACAACCAGCCUCUGGGUGCAACUAUAAGAAAGGAUGAGGCGACGGGAGAUAUCUCUAUUGCCCGGGUGAUUCAUGGAGGAUUGGCUGACCGCAGUGGUAUACAAGUAUUUUAA